GGUCGUCCCUCCGCCCACUCACCCUCACACCCUUCUGCCAGGCCCUGCUUCCGGUCCCAUCUCCUCAUUCCGCCUCGGGGCCGCUCCGGAGGCGCGGCGGAUGUCGGCAGUUCUGCGCCAAACCAGCCCUGAGCCGAGGAGGAAGCCCCGCCCACCCCUUGGGCCUCGGCUUCCGCGCGGCGGCGGCGCACACGCGAGAGGAGGCGCCGUCCUACCUGUCACGUGGCGUCGCGGUCACCAAGUGCGCGGCCGCGGCGUUUCCGGAAAUAGCUCGGGUUCCUUUCCGUGUCAAGAGCGAGUUGCUUCCGGGUUGCGGCUUGAGGAGCGAUGCUCUUGCGCGCGGCACUAAGAGGGUCUCGGCUGUUGCUGGCCCCACGAGGAACGGGGUCCCCCGGCCAGGUACUCUAGGGGCGGCGCUUGGUUUCCAUAGCAACGGGGACCGGGUCAAAGAUGCCUCUUUAUCGGCCGAGGGUUGCAAAACGAAGCGACCCCCUGCGGCUCCUCGUUUCUUAGCCUUGCGAGCAGGCUGAGUACCUGCCAUCACGCUCUCUAAGAGACGCUGCUGGGGAAAAUGCCAAGAGUUUCCGCCCUUACGUAUCCUUUGCACUGUGCGAGGUGCUAAUCAAUGCUACCUCAUUUCCCCAUAGAGUGGGGAACUCUAAUUAUGGGUGGAUAUUCAAGAAAACUACAGACUCCAUUGUCUGCACCUGUCACAACCAGGCACGUUAAAGGGAGCGGACUGAAGACUUGUUUCUCUAGGAGUUUCGGUGACUGCCAAAAUAUUUCGCUUGUAUACCUACAGCAAGCCCUCAGCCUAUGCGGGAUUACAUUCUGGGAAUCAUGCCUAAAUCAAAAGUCACAUAUAGUCAAAACACAUUAGGUUCAAUGGCAGGUGGGAUCGCCAAAGUCUUUUUCCCUGGACGCUUGGCCUCUUUUUAAUUAUUUUUUAUAUUGCCAAGCGCAUAUAGCUAAAUGUGCACCAGUUAAAUGUGUAAGUUGCAGGCUUUCUCUCUCUUUAUAUAUAACUUUAACAAUAGGUGUAAUGUUUCAUAGUUUUAAGUAUUUUAGUAUAGGAUUUUUUUUAAAAGGUUCUAUACCAUGAACUACUCUGAUCCCACCUAGAUGAAGAGUAGUGUAUACAUGUUUUAAACAAAUAAAAUAACGAUUAUGAAUAUAACAUCACAUUUUAUUACAUGGUCACAGGCCCUGUAAAAACAUGAACACUUUCUCCUCCAUAUGCUUUUAGUGUUUAAAUAACAUACUGGAUCACACUUAGAGUCCAUGGAGUUCAACCUCUUUUUGCUAAUGGUGGCCAGCCAAAUGCUUCUGCAGAUUCCACAAGCAGGACACAUAAGAACAUAUUGAAAAUAAAAAUAAGUUUUGCUGAGCAUCUCAGUGAAUAGCUGUUGACAUUCCUGUUGUCCAGUUUUUUUGUGCUUGCACCAUUGAUGAUCUGUUCCUUUAUCCUCCUUGUAUUUUGUAGAAUAAUGUCUGGCACUGAAUACAACCUUUCUGAUGUAGUGAACACAGGUGUGAACUCUUUACAGUAAAGAAAGUUCAUUUAUCUUGAGUAAUGCUCCUCUUGCAAAUAUACGUUUAGUGGAGUGGCACUAAUUAUAAAUAGCCUCCUCGCUACCUUCUCUGUCCUCAGCAAUGUCAACGGUGGUGGCAGCUCCCACAGAGAUGGUCACAACACAGCGUAGUGUCAGAAGUUGCUUCCCAUCCCAGAGUGGUGGUACCACCUGUCCCCAGUGCUGUGACCAACCGGGCUGUAGGGCGCUGGCUUCUAAUAUGCAGUGGUACUGUGGCCGGAGCUGUGGUGCUGGGUGGUGUCACUAGGUAAGGAAAAUUAGCACCUCCUCUUCAAGCCUUUACUAUAUUUUAUUUACCCUUGACACUGGUUCUCCAACUGUCAUAGAUUGUAUCUUUCUGCAACCAGCAGAGAUCUUCCUAGGGGCAUUGCUUUCCUCUUGGUCAUGCCAGUGUGUGGGCCUAAAGUAACUUCUGGUAUCUCUCUGCCCUUUGAAUGCCUGUGUCUACCCUUAUUUUAUAAAUGCAUUGUAGAUAAACAAUGCAGGCAGUAAAAGAAAGGUGGGAUUAAAGGGUAACAAACUGUACUUACUGUCAUAACAACCUUUUGAGGUAUGGUAGUUAAUUUAGACUAUUUCAGAAUUUAAAAGGUGUGAUUACAUAUAUAUUUGCAUCUAAUUGAUCACCGGUAUGUUUGUGUGUAGUCAGACUUUGCAUCUGCAUUGCCUCCAGUGUCUGAAUUUUCCCAUUGUGGCUUUAUUCUGCUUUUCUAGAUAGAUGGAUACACAUGCACACACCAUUAUAUCCCACAUUGAUAGCAUCUUCCCUCAGUGGUGUGUCAUUGCUGUUCUUUCCUUCUCAGGCUGACAGAGUCUGGGCUUUCAAUGGUUGACUGGCAUCUCGUGCGGGAGAUGAAGCCUCCUCGGACACAGCAGGAGUGGGAAGCAGAAUUCCAAAACUACCAGCAAUUCCCAGAAUUUAAAAUGUAGGCAUGGGUUGAGCUAAAGUUCCUAGAGACUAAAUUUAAAUUGGAUGUGGUGGGGGAAGCCUAUUCUACUAUCCCAACAAAAGGGAAAUGAGAAAAAAAGAGUAUCUUGAAUGCUACUUCUUGAUAGAACUUGUCAUGGAAAGAGGGGAAUGGGCAACUACACCUUACUGCAGGGUUUGUUGUUGUUUUAUAAACCUUCUCUCUGAAUCUAACAGCCUGAACCACAACAUGACGCUGACAGAGUUCAAAUUCAUCUGGUACAUGGAGUAUUCACACCGAAUGUGGGGACGGCUUGUUGGACUGGCUUACAUCCUUCCAGCAGCUUACUUCUGGAGGAAGGGUUACCUCAACCGGUCCCUGAAGGGUCGUGUCGUUGCCCUCUGUGGACUUGUCUGCUUCCAGGUGGGAAAGAUCACUGGGACCUUGAAAUUGUUAAAUGAAUCAUUAAAUUACUCUGCCCAAGAUAGCUGAGAUAGAACAUGAAAGGCAUUGAUCCUUUGCACGCUCCAGGAACUGAUUUGUAUGUGAUCUUAGGUCUCUGGUGCACAGAAGCCCAGCAGAAGCUUCAGAUCAUGGUGCUUGGAGUGUUGUUAGAUCUUAGUUCCUUGGAAGAGAAUGUACAUGGUAUUGGCAGGAGCAAAAGUGGUCUUAGUUUCAUGCCUCUAUGGUACUUUUUCUUUGUUUUGGCAGGGCCUAUUGGGCUGGUAUAUGGUAAAAAGUGGAUUAGAGGAAAAGCCAGACUCUCAUGAUAUCCCACGGGUCAGUCAGUACCGUCUAGCCGCACAUCUGGGCUCUGCACUUGUUCUUUACUGCUACAGCCUGUGGACAGGACUCUCAUUACUGCUGCCGCAGCACAAGGUAAGCGAAAAGUGAGGCAGACCGGGGGCAUGUAUUGAGUCCCAGUUGGGCCAAGAAAGCCUGUACACCAAUUGUGCCUUUGGAGGGAGGCACACUGCCACUGUGCAGACCAAACUGCCACUGUAUCCUAUAUGUGCUCAGCCUGGAAGAGGAAAAUUACAAAUCUUGGGAAAUGUCAAAGAGAUAACGUUCCUGGAAGCACCAUCAAAGCUUACCAGUCAAGAACUCUGUUAGCACUGACACUCCAAUGCAUAGAAGGAGCCAGUGAACUUGCAGUGGGAGGCACACACUCCUGUAUCACAUGCAAAACUAGCGCCUGUUGCCAAUUCUCAGGCAACCCUUCAGGUAGGGUUUCAAAUCCCUUUAUGGUGAUCACAGCCACUGCUUUGGAGCAUCACACGAAAAGGGAAGAAAGGAGAGCCCACACAACACUGCACCCUUAUAGUUCACUUGGUAGGAUGGCCUCUUAAGAGGGUAGUUAUUUAAGAAAGCAUAGCAGGAGAAAUGCAGACUGAGAAGAAUUCAACCUGGCAUGAGCUAUUCCGUUUCUUACAGUGCAGUCUGCCACAACUUCCCCAGCUCUAGCAAGGCCGCAUCCUUGCCACAGAAGAUAUUGCCAUGCAGUUUUGCCCUACACAUCCAGGCAGUAGAUGCUUCUGGGGCCUGUGGAUCUGGUCUUGGGUAUGGUGACUUGACAGCAGGAUUAAAUCAAGCAUGCAGAUGCUAUCUGACUGCUUCCAAGAAUGCCUGGUGAUUUCUAUAAAAUUUGGUAGAUUUGGGUUCAUAGAUAUAAUUGGAUGUAAGCCAUGUCCAUUAAGGGCCGUGCAGCAUAACAGCUGAGUGAGAAGAGCAGAAGUCCUUGCUGCCUUAGCCAUUGAGAGUGAAAUAAAUACGUUCCUCUUCUGUCAGGAGUCUUAUUGGAAACGUGUAUAUAUGCUGAGCCUAUGGAACACUAGUUUCCUUUGCACAUACUCCCUUUAGAAUAUAUAAAAAGGCCAUUGCAUAUUCUUGUGAUCCUCCUCCUGUUUUGACAGUUACCAGAAACCCGUCAACUCCUGCGCCUAAGAAGGUUUGCUCAUGGAACAUCAGGCCUGAUCUUUCUCACUGCCCUCUCAGGUAAAAGUCCCUGUCACUUUUGCACCAAUCUCUUUCUUUUGAGAAGCAAUAGACAGCAUCGUCAUGGAUGUGUGUUUCUUGCUUCAUUUCUCAUUGGGAGGGUCUAGACUUUUUCAAUUCCAGGUUACUGAAAUGCUUCCUCUUCAUGCUGGUCAGACAACAUCACUGGGAACUGUUUUGUGGCCUUGAGGGAAGGACCUAAAACUCUCACCGUGAUGGUUUUUAGGUGGCUUGUUCUAUUACAUUCAUACUUCCAAGUGUGACAGACUCUCUUCUCUGGAACUCUAGGGGCAUUUGUGGCAGGACUGGAUGCUGGUCUUGUAUACAAUUCAUUUCCCAAGAUGGGGGAACGCUGGAUCCCUGAUGAUCUCCUUGCCUUUUCCCCAAAGUUGAAGAACAUAUUUGAGAAUCCCACAACCGUGCAGUUUGAUCACAGGAUUCUGGUAUGUUUCUUCCUCUUUAUGCUCCUAGAUAACACCUCUUUUUUAAUUGGUUGCCGUUCUUGGGUUUGUGUUCAUUCCAGGUGGCAGUGUAACUGGGAAUGUGGGAAUGCAGGCCCCUUAACUCAGAGUAGAGCACUUGUUUGCAUGCCUAAAGUACUGGUUUCCAUCUCCACUGUCUUUAAUUAAAGGGUGCAAGUUACAAAGGGGGGGGGGUUAGUCUAAACAUUAAGGAGAACAUCAUGAUGUCAUGAGUUUUUUGAAAGAGGAGCAGACUGCCCCAGAAGUGAUGGACUCUUUUUCAGAGGCUGGAUUGUCAGGGAUGCUGUAGUAGUGAGGUUCCUGCAUUGCCUUUGGACUAGAUGACCUUUUAAGAUCCCUUCCAACUCCACUUCUAAGCCCUUUGUUGUCAUUGCAAAGCUUCUCUGGUUCCCUCACUGGAUAUUUACUCUUUUCCCUUUAGGGAGUUUCCUCUGUCGCAGCCAUUACAGGUCUGUACCUGUUUUCCAGGAAGAUUCCUCUCCCACGGAGGACAAGGAUGGCAGUUGCUUCCUUACUGGCUGUGGCAUACCUCCAGGUAUUAUCUAUGCCCUUUAAAACACCCUUUUAAUUGUAACUUAGUAGUGUCCUCUGAUGGAAUGGCAAGUUUCCCCUUUCUUCCAGGUAGGUGCCUGCCUUCUCGUCACUGAUAAUGCUAUCUUGGUUGCUGAUCUCAGGCAUUUAAAACUGAAAUUGGUGGGGACCAAUUUUUAUUUAUUUAUUUAUUUGGCUUUGAAGGACAAAGGGGGGAAAUAGAGCUGCAGUCGUGCUCUUCUGUGGAAAUAUUGCACAGUGCUAUGGUCACUGCCCUUCUCUGCCUUCUGGGUUUAAACUGAGAAGGCAAAGGGGGAACAUCAGUGCAGUUUCAUUAGCAUUGUAUCCUGAAGCACUAUGACAGCUACCUCAUCCUGUAGCAGGUUAUUUACAGUGGGAGAGAAACAGAACAUAUAAAAAUCCCCAUACCAAUUGCUUAUGAAGCUUCUUGUGUAUAAUUCUGUGCUAUAAGAAUACGAUGCAGAUGUAUUUGCACAUACUUCUACAUUUCAGGUAUACUGGUAAGCAAACUUUGCUUAUGUCUGAAACUUCAUUUUAUUCUUGCUCCUCUGCAGGUUACCCUGGGCAUCAGCACACUUCUCCUGUAUGUCCCAACUCCUUUAGCAGCCACUCAUCAAUCAGGUUCCCUGGUAUUGCUCAGUGUGGCGUUGUGGCUGAUGCAUGAACUGAAGCGGAUCCCGAAAUAACCCUGCUUCCCUAUUUAGCCAGCCUCUUUGCUAGUGCUGAAGGUUCACGGUUGCUGCCUUUGCCCCACGUGUUGUAUGCUCCUCUUCCUGAAAGCCUUAAUUUGAACAGAAGGCGAGGCUGAACAGCACCUUGAUGUCAUGAGUUGAAGUGCUUUGUUGCAAAACUUGGUGAACAUGAAUCACCAUCCUUUGCUUAAGGUGUGAGGUUGAUAAGGCGGGCUCUGGCAAGAAUGAUGGUCGUUUGAGGUGUGUCUUGCUUCCUGCUGAGCUGUCUGUAUGAGGCUACAGCCAUGAGCCUUUUACAUUCUGUGUAGGAUGGAUAUAGAGAAUGGAUUAUGGGGUGAGUGGGCCUAGAAAUUUGGAUGAACAGCAAAUGAAGGCAUUUCAAAACUGUAUUAUAAGGGUGAUGGGUGGCAUAGUUUGUGGAUUUUCUUUAGCAGAAUGGGGUUUGAGUGCAAUUUUUUGAGUGCAAUUUUUUUGCAUUAGAAUAUUGAAAUGUGCACUGUAAUUAAACCAUGCAGAAGACCCACAGUCCUUUCCUUAUUUAAUAAAAAAAGUUUCUC